AUGGCUGCCGAAGAAGAGCUGCAGUUCAAGGUGGUCAUUGUUGGCGAUGCGCAUACCGGCAAGUCGACGAUGGUCCGGGUGCUGGGAGGAGGAGAUGCUGAGCCAGCGGUGAUGGUUGUGGGCACAACGAUGGUGAGAGUCGACACAGCUGUGGACGGGCAGCAGGUGUCGAUGAAUGUGUUCGACUCGGACGGCGCCGAGGCGUGGCGGGCGCCGGCCCCGGCAUUCUUUCGCGGCGUGCACGGCGUGGUUCUGGUGUUUGAUCCGAGUCAGCCGGCGACGCUAGAGUCUGUGAGCGGGCGGUGGGCCGGGGAGCUGGAAAAGUGUGAGUGUGCGGCGUCGGCGGGCGUCUCGAUCGUUCUUGCUGCACACGAGCGGCAUGGGGCGGCGAUGGACGACGUGAUGAAGACCAAAGCCCGCAAGGUGGCGGGGCAGCUCGGCGCGGCGUUUGCCGUCUUUGAUGCGGCCAAGCCCGAGUCGGUCUCGGCUUGCCUCGGCGACCUCGCGCAUGAUAUGUUCCGGCACCACACACAGCCACGCACGCUCUCGAUCAUGAUGGCUGGAGCGCCGGGGGCCGGCGCACGGUCGAUCUGGCGGACGCUGCUGCAUGGGCCCGAGUUUGGGACCGAAAUGGUGUCGUACGACGUGAGCGUCGACUUUGCACGGGUGCUUCUCGAACAGGGGCGAGCCGAGGCCAGAGUCUGGGCGCCGGCGCACCGAGUCGGGGAGAUGGUGAUGCAGACGGUUCACGAGCGUCGCAUGGGUGAUGUGGACGGUGUCUUUCUUGUGUAUUAUCCCGCCAAGCCGGCGACGAUUGGCGGAGCGGCCGAGGCGUGGGCAGAGAUUGGGCCGUUUAUGGCCGACGAUGUCGUUGUCAUCCUUGCCGCCCACAUGCGGCACGGACAUAGUCAAACGGGCGUGGCCAAAAAGAGGGCAGCUGCGCUUGCUGACGCGAUCGGCGCGCUUGUGGCCGAUGUGGAUGCAGGUGAACCGAGCUCGAUCCAUGCGUGUCUCGAGAUGAUUGCCGGCGGAGCAAACCAGCCGUGGGGCCGGCUCGUGACGCUCAACCGCAAGAACACGCACAUUAAGCUGGCAGAGAUGAAGACGCUGUUGGGACGCAAGGGAUGCGACCACAACUUUUCGGACAUUCCACUGCUCUCGUCUAAACACUGCCGGAUCAUCCGCAAGGAGAAGGACGGCGGGCGCGACGACGACGACAACUCGCCCGAGGGCCUGGUCGACUUUGAGGUGGAGGUUGUAGACCUCUCGACGAACGGCACGUUCAUCAACGGCGUCAAGAUCGGCAAGCGGAACCGGGCGCGGCUCCGGCACGGCGACGAGCUGUACCUCUGCGAUUCUGUGGCGUACAUCUACACGCACCUCAACCUCAACAUGCCGCGCGAGCUCGGCGCCAACGAGGUGGGCGACCUCUCGACGCCGGAAGACUACAUCAACGCGAUGCGGAUGGGGGUCUCGUCGGCGGUGCUGAAGGACCUGACAGUCUCGCUGCGGCACUCGAAGCAGAACGACACCGACUUUACGGAGGAGUUUGUGUCGAUGGGCGGCGCGGACGCGCUCAUCGAGUCGAUGACGCAUCUCAACGCGCAGCCGAAAAAGUCAUCGGUCCACAUCGACUCGCUGAUGGAGUGUGUCAAGUCGCUGUACGCGCUGAUGAACACGCCCGAGGGCUUUGAGGCCGUGCUUAACACGGCGUCGAGCAUCGACCAGCUUGUGCUCCUCCUCGACGUCAACGACAACAACCUGCGCAACAAGGUGACCAAGCUCCUUUGCCCGGUGGCGACGCUCAACGACCGUGGGCAUGCACUUGUCCUCGCGGCGUUUACCUUUUUCAAGACGCGGCGGCGUCAGCACUCGCGAUUCUCGAAACUUCUCGACCUGCUCUCUGUCGAGUUUACGGACAAGUUUACGGACGACGACGUGGCGCUCAAGCGCAACGUUAUGAUGUUCAUCAACGGGGUCGUCUCGUACCCCGAGGACAUCUCGUCGCGGUGCCAGCUCCGCGACGAGUUUGUGCAGGAGGGCAUCAUCGAGGCCAUUUCCAUGAUGAAGAACCUCAACGACGACGCGCUGUCGACGCAGCUGGCAUCGUUUAUGGAGGAGCUUGCCGAGGACCGCAAGGAGAGCUCGGUGGGUGGACUCAACCUGACGGACCCGGUUGGGGUGGCCAAGGCGCUUUUUGUGCAGCUCCGCGGCUCGCCGCAUCUCAAGACCUUUCUCGACGUGCUGCUGUCGCUCCUGCUGUUGCCGUCGGACGAUUCGGACGCGUGGCAGGCGCUCUCGGGCGCGCUCAAGCCCGCGCUCGAGCCUUUCCUUUCGCACGAUGACGACGAGAACACAAGCGCACUCUCGACCGAGAUUGGCGUCGACCUUGACUCGAUCAAGUCUGCCCUCGACGGCACGUCGGUGGUGGCUGAUCUUGAGGCUGUGACUGCAGCCGGCGCGGGCGGCGGCAACGAUCCGAACGAGACCGACGGCGGCGAGUCGCCGGCGGCGCUGGUUGAAAAGUAUCAGUCCCAGUUUGCCGAGCUGCAAAAGGUCAACGCUGAGCUACUGCUGGAGAUCAAGAACUUGAAGGAGGCAGGCGCAGGAGGUGCUGGAGCAUCGUCGCCGGCGUCGACAGCACCACCGCCGCCGCCGGCAGCUUAA